AUGAUUCAUACACUUUGGCAGUGCAAUUUCAGUGUGGAGAUUUGGUCUUGGCUUGGAUCUAUGUUUGGUUUUAAAAAUCCAAAUUCUUUUGAAGACAUCUGUGUAGCUGCAAAGCAUAAGAGCCCAAUCAUAAAAGAAAUAUGGAUGACUGCAGCCUGUGCAACAAUGAAAGAUCUGUGGUUUCAAAGGAAUAAACAGCUGUUUGAGGAAGUUCAGCCAAAUUGCAAUGCAUUCAAAUGUAGGAUAUACAAAGAAGUACAAGAAGGAAGCUACAGAAUGAAGGGCAAUCAAUGGAGUCAAGAAUAUGAUUUUCAAGUUUUGUCAUUCUUCAAAAUUGGUGAUAGAAAGAUUAGAUUUAACUGCAUCAAAGAAAUUUACUGGACAGCUCCUGCAACUGAAUUUACUCUGUAUUGUUGUGCUGGUGUAUCAUUUGGAGACCCAGGAAAAGCUGGUGUUGGAAUCAUUUCUAGAGACUGCAGAAGCCAGGUAAUUGGUACUCUUACAGGGGGUCUUGGUAUAGCUCCUACUUUCAUUGCAGAUGAAUUUGCUAUAUUAUGUGCUAUUGAAUGGGCUGCUCUUAAGGAAAGCACCAAGAUAAUUAUUCAGUCAAACUCAAUUGUUGCUAUUGAAAUGUUUAAAAUCGGUAAUAUACCCCGGUACAUCAAAGAAAGAUGGUUAAAAGUGAUUGAUAUGUUUGAGAAAGUGGAAUUGACACAUUGCAUAAAGGAAGUAAAUUUUUCAGCAAUCACCUUAGCAACCAAUGGAGUAUGCUUGAAGGCAGGAGAAAGGAAUAUUCACAUAGGAAGACCCUCUUCUCUAAAGAGGAUUGAACAACCAAGAGUAGCUUAUUUUUACUUAUGUUGA